CGUCAGUGCACCGUACGUUGAGUAGAUUACACGACAGAAAAAAAAUAAAUUGCACCAAACUAACCCCGUCACCGUCGCAAGAGACUUGUUAACAUCUGAAGAAAGACCUAAAAGCAAACAGUAACGAUUUCGUUUUUAUCUCGAGCUCUGGAUCUUGUGCAAUAGAAUCUGCUUUUCUUCUAGAUCGUUUUCGAUCCCAUUGAUCUUUGAUCUGGGGAGCGAGCUGUGUAAAAUGGCGUACGUCGACCAUGCGUUCUCGAUAACGGACGAGGACAUUAUGAUUGAGAGUUCAUAUACCGUCAAUAACCGACCGCCGGUUAAGGAGAUCGCACUCGCGGUGGCUCUACUCGUGUUCGGAACCCUAGGAAUUGUCUCCGGUUUCUUCAUGGCGUAUAAUCGAGUUGGCGGUGAUCGAGGCCACGGGAUUUUCUUCAUCGUCCUGGGGUGUCUUCUAUUCAUCCCGGGGUUUUACUAUACGCGGAUCGCGUAUUACGCUUACAAAGGAUACAAAGGUUUCUCCUUCUCAAACAUACCCCCUGUUUAGUGUGCCCUUUUGGAUCUCUCUCCUACUCAAUGUAUAGAGAUGUUUUAAUUGCUUGUAAGCAAAAACUGAUUGACUUGUUUUCUCCCUUGUGUAGUCUUUAAAGGAGUUGAGUUGAGUCCCUUCUAGCUUUCUCGCUCCUCUUGUUAAAAUAAAUUUGAGUCUGUGACAGUUUAGUCAGUCAGAUAUAAAUAUAUACACCCGUUUCAUUUUAAAGGUAAAGUCAGAUGUUGUAACUUGUUCA